CCUUCCCUGCGCGCGCCUUCUGGUCAGCUCUCUACCUUGCGCGAACCAUCUAGACACUCAACGCCGCUACUGGGUGGCACUGCUGCUAGGCCACACCUGUCCGAACUUUUUUCUCUUCUUCUCUCGGAUCCAUGACGACCAGCUCCCGCCUUUGAACGGCCUCAUUAUGUCAAUUCACACACAAAGUCCUAAAAGUCGAGUUCGCCCUGUAGACUCGGCAAGAGGCUACAACCAGUCAACCUGAAGCGCUCAACUACUGCCGAUAUGGAGGAGGCACCCGAUAGCCAACAGCAGCCUCAACCAGCCGCCGGCUCUGCUUCCUCCACGGGGGCACCACCUGCAGCCGCUUCCUCUUCUACCUCCGCCCCUCUCAAUGCGCCAACGCCGUCAAGCAGCUCCAGUGCUGCUCAACUGUCCAAGAGGAGGAGAGGGCUAGGAGUGGUCACGCCCAAUGCCUGUACCGAGUGCCGCAAGAAGCGAGCAAAAUGCGACGGACAAAGGCCUUGCGGUCGUUGUAAGGCUCAGAAGGACGUAGAAUGUGUUUACGAGGUCCCAGUCCGCCAAUCCAAGGAAAAUCUCCGAACCGAGCUCGAGCAUUUGCGCCAACGCCAGAAAAGUAGCGACCAGGUCAUGGCCGCCCUCGUUCGCUCCGAUAUGUGGGAGGAUGUGUUGCAACGAUUGCGCAGUGGUCAAUCGCUCGAAUCAGUCUCGGACUAUAUUGGUACUCUGCCUUCGGGAGGCGGUGCGAGGACUUCUUUUGCGCGCCCAAACGAACAGUCCAGCGAUGCGAGCGCAGGCCCAGGGACUCGCCCGGGGUUUCCUCCGGCACCCAUCAGAACCAGGAACCCGGGAGAUCAUGGCUCUGUAGCUAUGAGCCCGGUUACUGGGCAGUCUGGCUUGCGUCAGGAAAUUGAUCCGAACAGCCCCUGGCAUCCUUCGUCACACAGCCAGAGCACGCGAAGCAACUCUCAUCCUGACGCAAUGAACUGGAGCGCAGACACCAGUAGGCCGCCACAGGGACUGUUCGAUACCUGGGCUGAGUCUACAAGCAACACGGAAGCCUCUGAGGGCGGCUCGAAGCAUCAAGGCGUCGAACAGUUGUUAGCGCCGUUAGAAUUGCCUGACAUGAAGCUAGCCCCCGAAGAAUGGACAAACAUUACGGAGGACGGCUCGCUGGUACAGCAUCUGCUGGCCCUAUACUUCUGCUGGGAGUACCCGACCUUUGCUUCUCUGAGUAAGGAGCAUUUUCUCAGGGAUUUCCAAAACGGCGUCGAACGCUACUGCUCUCCAAUACUCGUGAACGCACUCUUGGCUCUUGGGUGUCGGUUUUCCAGCAAACCGAGCACAAGAGCGAAUCCCAAUGACCCGUACACGUCCGGCGAUCACUUCUUCAAAGAGGCGCAAAGCCUAUUUUACAAGGAGAAAAACCAUCACAACCUCACCACCAUCCAAGCUCUAGGAAUAAUGUCUAUUCGAGAAGCCAGCUGUGGCAGAGACUCGGAAAGCUGGUACUAUGCCGGACAAAGCAUUCGUCUGGCUAUCGAGAUGGGCCUCCAUCAGCUCGAGGAAGAUGGAGAUCAUGACGAAUUUGCGGUUCAGGCUGCAACUUUCUGGGGCGCAUUCGCUCUCGACCAUGCAUGGUCUUUGGCGACCGGCUCGCUUCCGCAAUGUUCCUGCUUUCCUCAUCUGCCGCCGAAGCCUGCCAUAAUAGAUGACAUAGAAGCCUCUCUUUGGAUCCCCUACACCGACGAUGGUUCAUCGAUAGGCGCACCAUUGCAGCGGUCCGCCGAGCAGCCAUCCAACGUUCGAUCCGUGUAUAAGUGCUUUUGUGAAUUGAGCGAGCUCGUGCACCAAAGCCUCUACGUUUUACACUCACCAGGGCAGCCGCUGACUAGCCGUGAUCUCCUCGGCAUUUAUACUCAGUACCUCAACUGGUAUGACAAGAUACCAGAGGUUCUGAGACUGGGGCACAAUUACACGCCGGCAGUCCUUUUCGCGCACAUGUACUACCACUUUGCGAUCCUGCUUCUUUUUCGGCCCCUGAUUAAGCUGAAGAUCGUUGGGUCUAAGCUGUUACCUCGAGACGUAUGUGGCCAGGCGGCAGAUGCUAUUCAAGGCCUCUUGCGAUCCUAUUCGCAACUGUACACAUUACGCCGGACACCGUCGUUUGUCCCGUACUUUGUGCUCACAUCAGCCAUUAUGCAUCUAGCCAUCGGUGCCACAACCUCCUCGUCAUUGUCGUUGCAGAAGGCUUUCGAAGGACCAGGUCCGGACAACACCGACGAUCCACCUUCAUAUCCGCCUCGCGUUGUAGAAGCUAUUCAGCAAGGGAUCCGAGAUCUAGAGGAGAUGGCGCCGUGCCAUCACUUUGCCGAACAGGCACUGAACAUACUACGGUACCUUGCGAAGAAGUGGAAGAUGGACGUUGACAUGGGCGGCGAGGUAGCCUCGGAUGCCGAGUAUGCACAUCUCGUCAGGCCGUACACAAGCAGUCUCAACUUCUUUGCACCAAACGUUAUUGAAGAUGACUUCAUUUGCGCUUGGGGAGGCGGCGCCGAUGCCGCUGAUGUACCGAACCCGGCGGUAGCAAUGGGGCUGAAACCCAUGGAACCAGGACAAGCAUCGGUUGAACGGGCGGCCAAGGUGCUGGAGAAUCCUCUCUUCUGGCCCUUCCCGAUGCAGGGGCGGCCGAUGCUCCCUACCGGUGUCGAGCUAGCAGAUGCUGGGUUUGAAAGAAUUUGAUGCGGUCGGAUUGAAGACUCGAGCAAUGCACCAAGACAAGAGGCAGUCAUAUCGAACCCAUUCAGCUAUAAUAUGGACCUCUGUGUAUGAGUGGACUUGGGAUCAAAGGCGGGGCCUCGUUCUGCCCGCACAGGAGUUUGGCCUCGGGCAAGGCAUUUUGUUUUUGUGAUACCCUA